GGCUUUUCAGCUGGUUAGCCAAACAUCCACAGAAAAAAGAGAUGAGCAGGAAAACGAGACGAAGAACAUAAGAAUACAUUUAUUACGAGCUAGAAAAAAUAACGACAGGAAGGAAAUCCGUUUAGAAGGCAGAUUUUUACAGAAGACAGCCUGUGGUGGAGAAAAAGUGGUACGUUCGAAAAAACCUCAGCACGAAGCGUUCCUCUCACACCCCCGAAGGGCCACCCACAGCUUCCCCUUCACCUCAACAAGCAGAGCCUCUGUGCGACAUUUACAGGAACACGUGCUCUAAAAAAGCCAGCUCACUGAGACCUAUGGCAAUAAAUCAAACAGCCAAGAGUUUAGUCUCACCUGAAUAUCAAAUGUAAGAAAAAAAGGGGGGGAAAGAUCUGGAAGUCGUCCGAUCCACUACACACAUUUCUGUUGUCCAAGUCUGCACUGGGAUUCGGGUGCAUGGGUGUUGUGCUGACGGAGGUGUAUUGUGAUGGUGUGAUGGUGGACUGGUAUGUCCGAAGCUGAAGCUAGCUUAGCUUCCCGGGUUUUAAUAUAGCAUGUUGGCAUAUGGCUAACUGCGUAUGGUGACAGAUCAGUCCAUUAUCCUCCUCCCCUCCAUCACCAUCUCUGGCCCCUACAAGGGGGUUUUAACCUGUUGGUAGUGGUGCCCCCUUACCCCAUCAUCUCUUCAUUUCUGUUUUCAUUUUACUCAUCCAUCCACCCCACCCUAGAAAUCAUCGCUCCAUCUUUCACUUUCAUCAGCCCUCAUCACUGUGGUGUUUUCACGAGAUCUCCUUUCUUUUUGUUGAAUUCAUCUCUCAUCUGUCGUGAUUCGCUGUGCAUUACCGCCGCUCAGUCCCUUCUCAUCUUCUAAACCCCAAACCCAGUGCAGCUCAGCCCGGCCCAAAGCAAAUCACCCUAACCUCUGCAGAGUCCAGCCGCUGGGCAGUCGUUUCGGUGGUUGCUUUUGGUUGCAUGGAAUCGGCUUAACCGUGGAGAGGCCGGGCUACCACAAACUGAUGGACUUUGACAAGCGAGGAGUAGGGGGAGGAGGAGGAGGGGGCGGAGGAGGAGGAGGUGGUGGUGGUGGUGGUGGAGGUGGAGGGAAAGGAGAGGCGGAGGAGGGGAAGAGGAUGUCCGGAAAGACGGGGAGUCGGUCGGGGCACGGCGGCCGAGGCACCGGCUCCAACUCAGGAGUCUUGAUGGUCGGACCAAAUUUCCGGGUCGGGAAGAAGAUCGGCUGCGGGAACUUUGGGGAGCUGAGACUCGGAAAGAAUCUGUACACCAAUGAAUACGUGGCUAUUAAACUGGAGCCAAUCAAGUCACGGGCACCGCAGCUGCAUCUAGAAUAUCGCUUCUACAAACAGCUGGGAAGUUCAGAGGGUGUACCCCAAGUGUUCUACUUUGGACCUUGUGGUAAAUACAAUGCUAUGGUUCUGGAGCUCCUGGGACCCAGUCUAGAGGAUCUGUUUGAUCUCUGCGACAGGACCUUCUCUUUAAAGACUGUACUCAUGAUAGCCAUACAACUGAUAUCUCGUAUGGAGUUCGUCCACACCAGAAGCCUGAUCUAUCGAGACGUGAAGCCCGAGAAUUUCCUGGUUGGCCGACCUGGCUCCAAACGGCAACACACCAUCCACAUCAUAGACUUCGGCCUGGCGAAAGAAUACAUCGACCCGGAGACCAAGAAACACAUCCCAUACAGAGAACACAAGAGUCUGACUGGAACUGCCAGAUAUAUGAGCAUCAAUACACAUUUGGGGAAAGAGCAAAGCAGGCGGGAUGACCUGGAAGCUCUAGGUCACAUGUUCAUGUACUUCCUGCGAGGGAGUCUACCCUGGCAAGGAUUGAAGGCGGACACUCUGAAAGAACGUUACCAGAAGAUAGGAGACACAAAGAGAGACACACCUAUAGAGGUCCUCUGUGAGAACUUCCCAGAAGAGAUGGCCACCUACCUGCGGUACGUGCGUCGGCUGGACUUCUUCGAGAAGCCGGACUACGACUACCUGAGGAAACUCUUCACUGACCUCUUUGACAGAAACGGAUACAUCUUUGACUACCAGUAUGACUGGACUGGAAAACCACUGCCCACUCCUAUUGGUCCAGUGGCCAGCGAGACUCCACUACAGACAAGCAACCGAGAGAAAGCGCCGCAGACCAAAAACCAGUCUCCAGAGGGGAAAGGCAGUGAGUCCCAGCCCACUCCGGUGACCAAUCGAGAGCUGCUGGGCUCCCACCUCACUGCCGAUAGGCUGGGCGGGUCCGUCCAGGUUAUGAGUUCAACCAACGGAGAGCUGAAUACAGACGACCCCACUGCAGGACACUCCAACGCACCAAUCACAGCCAACGCAGAGGUGGAAGUGGCUGAUGAUACCAAGUGCUGCUGUUUCUUCAAGAGGAGGAAGAGGAAAGCUCUCCAGAGACACAAAUGAAAACAAGCAACAAGAGAGAGAAAGACCCGCUCUCUUUUUUUUUUCUCUCCACCAUCUCUACUUCCUCCUUUUCCCUCCCUCCCUUUCUAGACCUCUUCAUACAACCCCUCCACCCCUCCCUCCUCUCCUGUCUCCAUCUCACCCUCCUCCUCCUCUGCUGUUGGAGGUCCUGUAGUCUACCUUGGGUUAGCUGGACUGGCUGGACCACCAGACAGCAGAAUGUGUUUGGCUAAGCUGAUCUACUGGUUUGUACUGGUCUGGACCGGACUGGACUGGACAGACAGGCAGUAACACACGUUCACUGUUUCCACCUCAGAGCUUUAAAUGUGGACUAGCUGGUGGACUCUUCGUGUAUUUAUGGUCACAAACUGAACUGAAACUGUGCAGAAAGUGACCACAAAUAAACAGUUAAUAGACUGUAAAAGGUGAGGCUGGAUUCAGCUGGUUAACUGGCAGACUGGUUACUUCUAUAUUUUUUUGAUUUUUUUUUCUUCCUUACUGACUGGUUCAGAGGAGAGAGAAGUGUAUUUCUGAGGAGAUACAACAACGAGACUGUCGGACCACACGUGCACACAAACUGCACACACACACACACACACACACACACAGGCACGUACAAACACUCUGUACACCUACUGGAGCUCACGAUGAUGAUGACGAUGAGACUUCAUGGACAAAAAGACGCAGCUCUCGCACAUAGUCUAUAAAGUUUUUAUUUCCCUCGGGUCGAAGGAAAGUACCACAGCGAGCGGCUAUGUCUAUUUCCUGCAACGGAUCGGAGCUCACCGUACGUUCACCCUCAGAGGAGAAAAAAAACCUAACCUCACCACCACCAGAAUCAAAAGUUUAAAAAAAAAGAUGUUUAUGUAAAAAAAAUAAAACUGUAUGCUUUGAUUUUUGUUUUAAUUUGUAACUAAAAAAAAAAAAAAGAAAAAGACUGUCUACAAUUUGGAACCUGUGUUUUUUUUCUGUCUUUUUGAGUUGUUCAAAAAGUUUGUUUUGUAGCUUCUAGUGUGUUCCUCAAAAUGUAAUUUUUUUAAAAAUAACUUGUAUUUUUAAUUUUUUUUUUUUUCGUCUUUCUCUCUGGGUUGGAGGAUGGAAAGUCGGAUAACUCCAUUAAAAACAACCAAACAAAAUAAAAAACUUAUCUUUAUUUAAGGGGACUGUGAACAAUAUUUUUUAAAGGUGUUUGAGGAAGAGCUUCAAUGUUUUCAGAGAAGUGUGUGUACAUGUCUUGAAUUGGUUGUUUAAUCAAGCUAAAUUACAUUGAGUUUCUACAGCUUUGCUAGUUUGUCUGAGAGGCUGUAAUAGACAUCGUUAAGAACACCUAAUUGUAAGAUGGAUAAAAGU